AUGCGCAAUAGCUUACUUGUGCUUGCUUCCUUCGUGGCUGCUGUGGCGGCACAAGGGGUUAAAAUUGUAGCCCCAGCUGCCAACACGACAUUAACUCUCGGAGAAACGUUCGUGAUCGACGUUGAGAGACCCGACAGCCUUACCGGUUCUCGUGAUGUCUCUGUCGCCAUCGGCCUUCUCUCCUGCGUCGACCGCGCGCCCUCAGGGACUUGCGACGACAUAGACUCAGCCUGGAUGAUGGGUGACAUCCUCUAUGCCGGACCAUAUCAUCCUGUGGCACCUGUCGGGACCAAUGAGUACGAGAACUUUACGGUCACCGUCCCCGGGGACUUUCAGCUUGGGCCGGCAGUGCUUGCAGUGGCCCACUUCGCCUUGGUCGGGGAACUGUUCUGGCCUUAUCUCGAGGUCCUCAAUGAAACCAUCUUCAUCGAGAACUAG